AAUGGGAAAUCUUCACAGUUUCUUCCAUUCGAGUUCUAGCUUUCUUAGACAUUCAACAACGACACGUAGAUGGCCGCUGAACAAUAAAGAUGCAACUACUAAUUUUCUUGUCUUCUUUAUCUUCUUCUUCCUCGUUGUCUUGGUGUUUGUUGGUUGUUUUAACACUUCUUUGCUUAGUGUUUUUUCAAUCUCAACAACCAAAAAGCCGGAAUUUCUACUUAGACGUACUCCGACAAAACUCACACACAACUGUCCAAAACCCAACUCAACCAUACAAAACCCACUAAAUCCUGAGCGUCCAUCAAGUAACUCCUGUCCAGAGUAUUACCGAUGGAUUCAUGAAGAUCUACGGCCCUGGAGAGAGAAAGGAAUCACAAAGGACAUCAUCGAACGGGCGAAAAGGACUGCGCAUUUUAGGCUUGUGAUUGUGGAGGGGAAAGCCUAUGUAGAAAAGUAUAGAAAAUCGAUACAGAGCAGAGAUGAGUUCAGUUUGUGGGGAAUAAUGCAGCUUCUGAGGUUGUACCCUGGAAGAUUGCCUGAUUUGGAAUUGAUGUUUGAUUGUGAUGAUAGGCCAGUUGUACCAUCGGAGAAGUUCCAAGGCCCAAAUGCCAGCCCACCUCCUUUGUUUCGAUAUUGUUCUGACGAUCGCAGUUUGGAUAUUGUGUUUCCGGAUUGGUCAUUUUGGGGUUGGGCUGAGAUCAAUAUAAGGCCAUGGGACCAUGUAUUGAAGGACAUAAGAAAAGGUAAUAACAGGACCAAAUGGAAGGAUAGGGUACCCUAUGCCUUUUGGAAAGGGAACCCAUAUGUUGAUCCAGGAAGGCGAGACCUUCUCAAGUGCAAUGUCUCUGACCAAAAUGAUUGGAACACUCGCUUAUAUAUUCAGGACUGGGUGCAACAAUCUAAACAGGGCUAUAACGAAUCAAAUCUUCAAGAUCAAUGCACCCAUAGAUACAAGAUCUAUAUAGAAGGAUGGGCUUGGUCUGUGAGCGAGAAAUACAUAAUAGCAUGCGAUUCCAUGAAUUUGUACGUGAAGCCUCGUUAUUAUGAUUUCUACAUAAGAGAAAUGGUCCCAUUAAAGCAUUACUGGCCUAUCAGGGAUGAUGCCAAAUGCAAUUCUCUGAAGUUUGCAGUGGAUUGGGGCAACAAUCACACUCAACAGGCUGAGGCAAUAGGAAAAGCUGGAAGUAGCUUCAUACACGAGGAAUUAAAGAUGGAUUAUGUGUAUGAUUAUAUGUUUCAUCUGCUAAAUGAAUAUGCAAAGCUCUUGAAAUUUAAAGCUAGGAUACCAAAAGGAGCAACGGAACUACGUCCGGAGAAAAUGGAAUGUCUAGCAAAUGGUACGCAUAAGAAGUUUAUGGUUGAGUCUACAGUGGCGUGUCCCAGUCAUAAAAAUCCAUGCAAAAUGCCUCCUCCUUAUGAUCCUAAGGCUCUUACGGAAUUUCUGGAUAGAAAAGCUAAAGCAAUUAGGCAAGUGGAGACGUGGGAAGAUGAAUAUUUUCAUAAAUUUAAAUAAUAUUUAGAAGCAUUAAAAAAGAAGAAAUGAAACAAAUCCAAUUAUUCUACUGUAUAUGCAUAAAUGAUAGGGUUAAAUUAAUAAUUAUGUUUCUAUUUUA